AUGCUGGGUUUAAGAAGAUGGAUAUCGGUUGAGUCAGGCGCAUCCUUACCAAACAAGUCAAUUGGCGGCAUGAUAAAAAGUCGUGAAAUGGGAAAACGUAAAAAACAGCACGGUGAUUAUGCAAUGAUCGCGUCAAACAAAAACGCUGCUUUCACCAUGGCUGAAAAAGCUAAUCUUGCCAAUAGAUUUUUCCCAAAUCGAGAUGAGAUAAUAUCAGUAAGUCAUUGUACGUUGUUGCGCUGUAUGCAUUUGAAAUUCGAUCGAUUGGUCUCUUUAAGUCAAGAUAACAUUUUAACCUUUCAUAUGCGGAAAAGUCCACAGCAUUAUGAAUUAUUGAAUAGAAGUGACCUUCCAAGCGCUAAUUGUAAUGUUGUUGAUAUCACUCGUAGUUCAAUGGGUGAACAUCUUGCUUAUACGACGCUUGACGCAAACGUUUACUGCUUUCAUAUUGAUCGAAUUCGACAAGCAGCACGUUGGAAUUUAUUUCAUACAUUACAACCAAUAGCUGCUUUACGAUGGAAUGUGUGUUCAUCCUUAUGCUUCAACAUGGAUGACAACUACCUUUUAGUUGUUGAAUCGGGCGGUCGUUUUCAAGCUCAUCAAAGGGAUAUUACGGCAAUUAGUUGCUCCAAAGUUAAUCCUAACAUUUUUUACACUGGAAGUUCCGAUGGUUUCUGGAAGGUAUGGGAUAGUCGUUCAAACAGCAAUCGCAUCCCUGUUCUAAUGACUGCUACUCGCUCAUCAUCUAAUGUUGCUAAUAUUGAUAGUGAUAGUCAAGAUAAGUAUGUUGUUACAUCCUCUACUUGCGGUAGCAGAAUUGAUGCUUGGGAUUUACGAUUUUUCGAAAAUCAGCCAUUUAAUAUCUAUCGACAAGAGGAUGAAGUAACAACACAUUUUGGCAGAGAAAUAGAAAGUAAUGACAAAUCGGAAUUUUUAUGGCGAGCCAGAUUCUCACCGCAGAUUAGUGGACACCGUUAUGUAUAUGCUAAUAGUUCACGUGGAUAUAUUUGCAUCUUUGAUAUUACCGCCGGUAAGAUGGAAAAACUUCACAAACAAGGGUCUUUAUUAUGCGAUUCUACUUGGCACCCAGAUAACUUCGAAAUAGCUUGCGGAACAUUGUCUGGUGCGAUAGUUGCAUAUUAUCGUGGUGAAGAAGAAUAA